AUGACUCCCAACGUCUCCAUCUAUUUCGAAUCCGAGAGAGCAAAGUAUCUUUGUGCCAUAGCUGAGGUAUCCACGUACCUACGAUACCUUCCUGGCCUCGAGCCCUCUUCCAACCCAAGUCCGAAAUACAAACGGAGUAGACGAACGGAUAUACCACCCUCUUUUCUCACUUCCCCAUCACCCGUCAUUCAUCGAUUCCACAUUUCCGACUGCUGCUCCCCAUGCCGACUGUUACACGAUCCUGAAUGCCUGACAGCUGCCGGAGCAAAAUGGAAGGAGCUUCCAUUCUGUCAGCGACCCAGCCGCUCGCAGUCGCCAGCCGCGCAUCUUGCUUGCUCCUCGACCAUUCAUCGGGCGCCUUCUCGCCUCAUCCCUCCCAAGCCUGACACCACUCCAUCCUUGACACCAUGUCUUCACGUCAAUCCCCGGCUUGGCUUGCAGCACGCCGUGGCACAGCUGUCGACCGGAUGCCAUGAUGAGCUGACACUGGCUGGGCAACCCCGUCCAACAACAGGACGGCCACGGAUGAUAAGUUUAACGCCGCAUAUCCGGAGGCUUUCGGGAACCGCAGUCCAUUUCGCAGCAGCCCCUCUCGAAUCCUACUCGCGUAUCAGUACAACGAUAUCAGAGCGGAACUGCACGGGGGCUUUGCUUCUGGUCGAUCCGGAGAAACGAACCCACUGUCGCUGCCACCAAAUUUCUCAGCGGCUACCAAUGACAUACUGGGGCUCUGUUCUGGACGCCAUUGCCUCAGCCUCAUUCACGGCCGAUUACCUACACAGCUCCAUUGAUGCUGCCGUGACUCAAGUCAUCUUUGCUCCUGGCACUUAA